UUCCCUCCCACCAUCAAAUUAAUGUUGAAGAUCCCAUCAAAAUUUAGAUAUUCCCCACCAAGCCAAUCAUACUUAAAUUUUUUUUUUUCUUGAUAGAUAGGGCAAGAUCGAUCUAAAAUUAAGAAUGAUGCACAAGAUUUUAAUUCUAGUGACCUUGAUCAUGGCUGUUGUUACAUCACCAGCUGUAGCCGAUUUCAAUACGGAUGUAUCCAUAUCGUGGGGUGGAGGGCGAGCCAAGAUCGAGCCGGGUGGCCAAGUCCUUACCCUCACUCUAGAUCAAUUCUCGGGCUCCGGCUUUGAGUCGAAGAACUCCUAUUUGUACGCCAGGUUCGACAUGCAACUUAAGCUCGUGCCGGGUAACUCUGCUGGCACCGUUACAACAUUCUUUUUAACAUCUCAAGGCCCCGGGCACGAUGAGAUUGAUUUCGAGUUCUUGGGGAAUUCGUCGGGGCAACCUUACACGGUGCACACGAACAUAUAUGUGCAAGGAGUUGGCAAUAGAGAACAACAGUUUCGGCUGUGGUUCAAUCCGACCGAGUCUUUCCAUACUUACACCAUUCUUUGGAACCCUCAACGGAUAAUGUACAUGGUGGACAACAUCCCAAUUAGGGUUUUCAACAACAAUGCAAACCAGGGCAUCCCAUUCCCGACGAAACAGCCGAUGAAGAUGCUGGCCAGCCUAUGGAAUGCUGACGAUUGGGCAACCCAGGGCGGGCGGGUGAAGACUGACUGGACCAUGGCGCCAUUCACAGCCACCUACAGGAACUACAAUGCCCAGGGCUGUGUCGUCAACGGGACCUGGAAUUCCUGCGGGGGCAAUAUGAACAGCAUGCCAUGGCAGACGCAGGGAUUGGACAGCAAUGGCAGGAACCGUAUCCGAUGGGUGCAGGAGAAGUACAUGAUCUACAACUAUUGCACUGACUACAAGAGGUUUCCCCAGGGGCUCCCUAAGGAGUGCAAGCUCCCCAGGUUUUGAUUUUAAUUUAAUUUAUAUAUGAUCGAUCCAUGGAUUCAUGUGCAGCUGGUUUUGGAGCUAGCUGUAUAGCUUCUGGUUUUUAAUUUUUGAUUCAUUCAUUUUUCUCUGCACCUUUCUUUCAUGUUUUGUUUUUUGAAUUUUAUCAUGUUGGGAAAUAAAUAAAACUGGAUAUGGUUUGAUGGAAGGGAGAUUGUGAUUAUUGUGUAUUCUGGUCAAGUUGGUUUUAU